UUUUUUAUUUUCUUUUUGUUUUCACUUAUUUGACAACUUUUUUUCUAUCUAUUAUAAUAAUGCAAUCCAGACUCACCAUUUUACUCUUAAGUGCUUGUAUUGUUUUAUUCAGUCAAGUCCAAGCUGCCUGUCUUUGUGAUGCUAGUGAUACUACUUGUCUCCAAAAGUGUGUCAACGAUGGUCAAGCCUGUGUUACUGGAUGUAGUGGUGACAAUGCUUGUUACGAUCAAUGUAUUGCCAACUUCUGGCCUGGUCAAACUGUUGCAAGCUCCACUGGUGUAACCUCUGCCGUUGCUGCUACUUCUACUACUGCUGCCAGUGUUGCUGCUACCACCAGUGUUGCCGCCUCUACUAGUGCUCCCGUUGCUCAACAAAGCUCUGUUGCCCAAUCUGCUUCUUCUGUUCUUGCCUCUGUUGCUUCUUCAGCCAGUGCAGUUGUCAGUUCUGCCUCUUCUAGUCUUGGUGCAGCUGCUUCAUCUGCAGCCUCUUUCACUCCUACACCACCUAGUACAUCAUCUGCACCUUCUACCACCAGUGGAGGUCAAUCUACAUACCUCAUUCCUGCUGUUGCGAUUGGUGUUGCAUCUGUUACUGUUAUUACCCAAUUCUUCUUUUUAGCUCGUAUGGGAUCAGUUCUUUUCAACUAAAUAUUUUAUAUCAUUAGCCCCCCCUUCUUUCACCCUUAUUAUUUAAUCCCUUAUAUCAGUAGUAAAAAUUGCAUAAUUUUUUUUUUCCUUCUAAAUAUUACAUAAAUCUAACAGAUAAUACAUUUAU